AUGAUCCUAUCGGACUUUAUACCGGGUGACGUGAUGUUAAAUUCAGAUCAAAGUGGCGCAUGUUGCAAAGUGAAGAUUGGUGAAGAAAAAGUUCGAUCGCCAACUUCGAGUCAAAGUGAAGAACCGAAUUUCCCUGAACAAGAAAAAUUAAAAUCGAUAGGAGAAAAGGAAGAGACUUUAAAGGAUUCCGAUAUAAUUAAUGCAACGAUGGACUAUUCUGUAAAAGGACCCCCAUUGCCACCAAGGGAACGUAGGAAGUCCGAUUUUGAAUCGAAUGGAAGCUAUACUGCACCAACCUCUGAGUUAGAAGCGAUUCCCAACAUUGGCGACACGACUUACAGUGUGGUCGAUUCAAUGACCAAGGAAUUGGAGGUGGUGACACAGGCUGAAAGGAACUCUGGCAACCUAGAGUGCAUGGAAGUUGGCAAAUGCAACUCAAAAGAUGAAGGCGAAUUAUCACACAAGACGUCACUAAGAAACAGACGUGUAUUACCAGAACACGCUUAUUCGCUAGAUAAUGGUAGCGUGUCGUGUGGAACAGGAAGUGCUUACUCAGAGCCGGUCUUGCUGUACUUAGACACUCAAGUACUGAAUUGGCUUUGCUACCGUCUCAUAGUGCUUGGAGUUUUUCUUGUAUUCGAAUUGGGGAAGGUGGAAAUUCAAAAGUACAAUAAUUCACAAUGCAAUGCCACAGAGCUUGGUGUUGAUAGAGAGAAGGUUGAACGCGCGAAAAUGAACUCUAAGAACUUGAUCUAG